AUGAGUCUUCUCCUCAUUGACGCCGUCGAUGGCUUCCGUGUCUCAAAGUCACUGCGGCAUACAACUCUGCCCCCCGAGGACGACGCCGCCGAGGAAGAUGCCGAACAAACCGACGAGGAGUCGACGCUUCCCCUGACACCCGCGCGCACUCGACACAGACACGCUUCCAAACGAUCGCCCCACCAUUCGACAACAAGAAUGGCACCGCUCGGCAUUCCGUCCAUACUUACGAUCGAAGACGACAAGAUCCUCAAGUCCUACAUGAAGCAAUGGAAAGCUAAAGCAUUGCAUUUCAAGCACGAGUCCACGCACAACGGCAUUUGCACGUCGACGAUGCAUCUCACGGCGUGCGUCGAGCGGGGGUCUGGCCAGACGGUGAGCUGCAUGACCCAGCUCCUUCCAGCGUCAGCACCUCCCACCUGCGAAUUCUACGCUGUCGCAGAAAACGGCAAGAUUCCACCAGGCAUCGCGGUUCAAGGCAUCACCGAGAGGCUCAUGGUGCACAGUUUGCCACCCAUUCAUCACUUAGAUUUUGCGAAUUUGAAGGCGCUGGUGCUGGAAAAUGUGAUAAUCCCCCAAGGCGUCCAUGCGUUACGACUGGCCAACGUCACGUUGACAGGAUACCCAACCCAUGGCUUUCAAAAUGUGUCGUUAGCAUCGUCCAUGCGCCGAGUGGCGCUACGACACAAUUUGAUAACGUCAUUUGACCCGACCGAAUGGGCCAAGUUCCUCCUGGAGGAUUUAUUUCUGGAAAACAACCUCCUCCGUACGUUUGUCAACGUGACAUUCCCACCUACCAUUACCACAUUGGAUUUACGGAAUAAUGUCAUCAAGUCGUUUGUCCACACGACAUUGCAUUUGGCAUUGACUUCGUUUGGAAGGCAAGUGGUUGCCUUCCAAACGACCGUGGAAGGCGUGCCCGUUCGAACGUUGACCCGACUUGUAAUGGGGCGCACAGAGGAAGGUGUGUAG